CGGGACCAUGAGGGAGCUUUACCUGUAACAGGAGAUGCAAGGUUACCAAUGAAGUGUUGGCUUUCCUUCUUUGUUUGUUUUGCCCCUCCUGCUUUGUAAAUACAGGCGGGUGGAACAUCAUAAACAAAGAUGCGUUAUUUAUUGUUUUACGUAAUCGCUGGCGCCAAAGCCAGAUAUUUAUAGUCAGGCACAAGCUGAGGAGAUGAAAGACCUAAGAGACGAGCGACUGGAGAUUUUCAUUUUCUAGAGCCGAUAUUUAGGCAAAGUUUCUGUGCUAUUCAGGAGACGUGGAAUUAUUUUUUUUUUCUAUCCGCGCUCUCUGUGUAUACAUUUUUUUUUGUUUAGUCAUAUUUUGGGACAUUUUCGCAACAGCAGAUGGUCAGUCAGGCAGCCAUGCGAGGCCAGCGCGUGGCGGAGAGCGCGUGGCGGUGUUGGAAUCCCAUGAUCUGGCUACUGGUGACGUUGCUUGGGUCCUGCAUCCUGGUGGCUGUCAGUGUGUUGUCACGAUUUGGAGACCUGAAAGUCAACCGACGGGAUUUACCACCCAAUAACUUGCAAUCCCCAGUGAGGAGGCAUUACGACGUGGAACUGUUAAACGGGCGCAACAGAUGCGAGGGCCGUGUGGAGGUGCGCUACAACGAUACCUGGGGCACGGUCUGCGAUGAUGACUGGGACAUGGUGGACGCCCAAGUUGUGUGUCGCCAGCUGAACUGCGGCGUGGCUGUGGCGGUGGGCAGCAGUUCCCAGUACGGACAAGGCUCGGGACUCAUUGUGCUGGAUAACGUGGACUGCAAAGGGGGCGAAACAAACCUUGGUCAAUGUGACAGUCUCAGCUGGGGUGUACACAACUGUUACCACUACGAGGAUGUGGCCAUCAUAUGCCGAGAACCAGUGGUUGCAGGAGCAAAUACUUUUGGGGAUGUUACCACAAAGUCUUCCAAGACCUCACAGUCUGAUGGCAAAAUCCGUUUAGUGGAUGGACAAGACCCGUGUGGGGGCCGGGUGGAGAUCUACUACCAGGGAAGGUGGGGGACGGUGUGCGACGACGAUUGGGACAUGAAAGAGGCUCAUGUUGUGUGCCGGCAGCUCGGCUGCGGCGCCGCCCUUUCUGCUCACACCAACUCCGAGUACGGUUUCGGCACCGGACAUAUUUUUCUGGACAAUAUCGACUGUCAGGGACACGAGCUGCAGUUGACUAAAUGUGCCCACCUUGGUUGGGGCAACCACAACUGCGGCCAUCAUGAAGACGCCGGGGUCACCUGCUCUGGUACAGGAACCCCCCAUGCGCCCACAGUUCACCCUUCCACUGGAAGCCAGGGAUCUGGGAUCUGGUCAACAUUGAAAACGGAAGUGACCAAUAAUGAUGUCACGGCAACAGAACGUAUUAGCACAACUGCUACCAAAAAAGGCUUCAUGGGUAUCCGCUUGGCCAACGGAGAGAGCAUCUGCAGCGGUCGUGUGGAAGUACAGUACAACAACGUCUGGGGGACCGUGUGUGACGAUGGCUGGGACUUGGCCAACGCCGAUGUGGUGUGUAGGCAGAUUGGUUGCGGCGAUGCUCUCGAGGCCAAGACUAAGGCCUUCUUCGGUUACGGCACGGGUCCGAUCCUGCUGGACAAUGUAGAGUGUCAUGGCGACGAGACAGACAUCUCCGAGUGCACGCACUCGGGCGCGGGUCUGCACAACUGCGGCCAUCAUGAGGAUGCUGGAGUUGUCUGUUCACCGUUCCAACCCAUCAGCGGAUUAGGACUUGCCCGUGACUUUGGCCAAUCUGAAGAACCCUCCGGGGCACCCGUCAUGAUGGCCAAUAUCUCCACAUCGCUUGCUGAAGGAAGUCUGAGACUGAUUGGUGGUGAGGACCCCUGCGAGGGUCGCGUGGAGAUGUUCCUCAAAUCCGAAUGGGGCACCGUGUGCGAUGAUGCCUGGGACAUCGCCGACGCCAUGGUCGUGUGCCGGCAGAUGGGCUGCGGGACGGCUUCAACAGCAUGGGGGGAGGCCCACUUUGGGCCCGGCACGGGAACAAUCCUGAUGGACAAUCUCAAGUGCACCGGUAAAGAAGACUCCCUGCUACAUUGCUCUCACAUCGGCUGGGAUGUGCACAACUGCGACCAUUCGGAGGACGUGGGCGUCACCUGUUCGCCGUUAUGAUUGUCAAAGAAUCGUUGUACCGAACUUGGAUUCGUGUACAAUGUGUAAAUAAGGCAACCGUCAAAACGCAUCCUUGACAUGUGACACUUUCUGCUUACGUUUCAGAUUUAUAUGCCUAUUAAGCACUUUAUAAUGAACUUGCCGUGGAUAUUACUAAUGAAUGCUGAGUGUUAGGUUACUGUGUGAUGAUUUUAGACAACCAAUAACUUGAGAUGUCAGUCAUUUGCUUGCCCGCCAGCCAUAGCAGCGCCCCCCCUCUCCGGCAGCCAUGGCCAAUGAAAUUUGUUUCUGGGAAGAAAUGUAUGAUGGGAAACUGUUAAAAUAGUUGUUUUAUUUAAACUCGUAUUGGUACUUUAUUGCAUAAUUCUUACCUGUCUUUUGGGUGUUAGGUUACUGUGUGAUGAUUUUAGACAACCAAUAACUUGAGAUGUCAGUCAUUUUCUUGCCCACCAGCCAUAGCAGCACCCCCCCUCCCUCGCCCCCCGGCAACCAUGGCCAAUGAAAUAUGUUUCUGUGAAGAAAUGUAUGAUGGGAAACUGUUAAAAUAGUUGUUUUAUUUAAACUCGUAUUGGUACUUUAUUGCAUAUUUCUUACCUAGCUUUUGGGUGUUAGGUUACUGUGUGAUGAUUUUAGACAACCAAUAACUUGAGAUGUCAUUUGCUUACAUCUCGGAAAUCUAAAUGGGAGCGUGAAUCAUGUGUUUAUGUGACAUUUCCCGCCAAAAAUGUCAUAAAUGUAACGUCAUUAAUUAUUAUUGUUUCGCCCGAGCAAACACAAAGUUGUUUCACGCAUCACAGCAUAUCAUAGCAAUACUACACGCCGUGUAAAUAUGGCCACUGGGGGGUAAUGAGCAAUCUGAUUGGAUCGGAGUGCUCAUGUGUCCCAAAUGAGUCGGAAUUGAUCAGCGAACGCUCAGUGAUUUAUUUCUCAGCCGCGACACAACAGUUUGUAUGCAAACGACAGGUUUUAGCUUUUAUCUGACUUUAGCAAAACAUAAACAUAGGACCCGUCCUCUCCUAUGCUAUGCUGUAUCUCUAUCUUUACAAAUAAAUGAUACCUGUAUUAGAUUAAACCUUCAAUAGACAUGAAUAGAAAUCAGCAAUCAGUACACUACAUCUGAUAAAAUAAAUGUUCUUAUUUUUCA